UUUUUUUUCAACAAAAGUAUAAUAUUUUCUAAAUUUUUUUUUUUUUAAAAAAAUGAAAUUAUAGAUAGUGGAUUAUUGGGCUGUUCUACGAAUGUCACAGUAGUAGAGAUGUCAGGUCCUCCGUGUGGUGAGAACCCUCCGACCCUAAGCUCCGGCAGCGGAGGAGGGUCCAUUGUAGAGCUUGGCGGCCUCAAGACCUACAUCACAGGCUCUGCUCAUUCCAAGCUUGCCCUUCUUCUCGUUUCAGACGUUUUCGGAUAUGAAGCACCAAAGUUAAGGAACAUUGCUGACAAAGUUGCGGCUGCUGGAUUCUACGUGAUGGCACCUGACUUCUUUUAUGGAGAUCCCUAUGUACCUGACAAUGCCGAGAGACCUAUAUCAGUCUGGAGAGAAUCUCAUGGAACAGAUAAAGGAUUUGAAGAUUCUAAAUCAGUUAUCAUGGCACUAAGGAGCAAAGGCAUAUCUGCAAUUGGAGCUGCAGGGUUUUGUUGGGGCGCCAAAGUUGUUGUGGAUCUAGCAAAGACCAAUACCAUUCAAGCUGCAGUGCUAUUACACCCAUCUCGUGUUACAGUGGAUGACAUUAAAGAUGUUAAUGCUCCGAUUGCAGUCCUGGGUGCUGAGAUUGAUAACCUGUCUCCCCCAGAACUAUUGAAACAAUUUGAGGAUGUUUUAUCCACAAAGCCUGAGGUUAAUGGGUAUGUGAAGAUAUUUCCUGGUGUUGCACAUGGAUGGACUGUAAGAUAUCAAGAUGAUGAUGAAACAGCUGUGCAGCUUGCUGAAGAAGCCCAUCAGAACAUGUUGGACUGGUUUAUUGAGUAUGUCAAAUGAGAAAGAAUAUACUGCAAUGGUCUUUGUAGCAUAUUAAGUGUGAAGCAAGAAAUACUCUUUAAGAAAUAGUUCCUUCAUGUAAGAUUUGGAAUCCACUGCAAGAUAAACUCGUGAACAAUAAAAUUUACACAAAUAUGAAGUAUGGGCUUGGUGUGUGUCCUAAUGUUCACAUCACAUUAGUGGACCUAAACAUUAAUUUAACAUCUUGAUUUGUGGGUUUUAAA